AUGGUAAUUGUAUAUGAUGACUCCACUGAGUUUACUGUUGACUACGAUAAACUUAUUACAGCAGUCGGCACUAAAUCAAAUACAUUUGGAGUACCUGGUGUUGAGACUGACGAGGAAAAUAUUGUCCAGAACCUAUCCGGUACAAACAAGCACAACCUCUUCUUUUUAAAGCAGAUUGAACAUUGCUUCUUUGUGCCCCUUCUUUGUGCCCGAAGAGAGAAAGAAGUUACUAACUUUUUGAUUGUUGGUUGUGAUCCUACUAGUAUAGAAUUUGCCAGUGAAUUGUAUGAUUUUCUUCAAUACGAUGUAAGUAGAUGGUAUCCUGAUCUGGCAAAUAAGUACCACAUUGUUGUUGUCGAGGCUGGUGAGUAUCUACUUGGAUCUUUUAGUGAAACUUUGUAUACUUAUUUUGAGAAGAAAUUUGUUUCUGGGAACAUAGUGACGUUAACAGGAGAAUCGGCUCAAGAAGUCAAAGAAAACUCUGUUAUUUUAAAAUCAGGUGACAUAUUACCUGAUGGAGUUUGUGUGUGGUCAACAGGAAAUAAAAAGCUUGACUUUUUUAAAAGCCUUUAUUUGCGACUAGAUCGACAGCAUGACAAUAAUGGCAUGUUAACAAAGGUAGUGGAGUUGGUGCGGGGAGAUGCUGGGUUCGGGUUCUCGGUUAUUGGGGGCAGUGACACGUACCUGCCUCCUAUGGUCUUCACACUGGCUCCCAGCAAACCUGCUCACAACUCAGGACAGGUGGAGAAAGGAGAUAGGAUCCUGAACGUUAAUGGCAUGUCCGUGUCGGACUUGCCAUCUAAAAACGUUAUACAGUUGAUAAACGAGUCAGGAACGACUUUGAAACUGUCCUUACAAGACGAUCCUGAUCUAAAGAGACGGUUGAACGCGUUUAUCCAGGCAAAAGAGCGGGGGUCAGGUAGUCCUGCCCCGGCCCCAGCAGCUCCUACUGUUUCAGUAGAAGAAGUAGCACCUGUAAACACUGUUAUCUCACCGGGCAGUGGGAGGAGACUCUACCAGCCCCGCUCCUACUCUAACCUCUCUAACGGAGGAAGCACAAGAAAGCCGGAGCCAGCUGCUGCCAGAGAACCAGAACCACCACCUGAACCACCUAACCUGGUGGAGGAAGAUUCCAGAAUACCAUAUAAUAUACCCGCUGAUAUUUCUCCCAAUGUCUCCGCUUCCUCUGAAAAGUACAAGUUGCCAAAUGAUCACCUUUAUAAUGACCUGGACACAGCACGAGGAAACACAGGACUAAAACAGACCAGUCUCAGCUUCCUCUCCGAGGACCAAGGUACCCCGACCCGGACCUACUCCGGACUACGGGACAAUGACUCCCGGAACGAGACGGAGGUAUUUGACGUUAAUCCCACAUUCACACCUCCACCCCCUCCCCCUGCUCAGCCCGCUAACGUUCCAGUGUACGCUAAAGUAAACAAGAAGCGAUCAAACAAGUCGCCUCCCACCGAUGAUCGUCCGUUCAGCGGUAUAGCACAAGUAUACUCGCCUCCGCCUCAAUACGAGACAGAACCAUCCCUGCCUCCAGAACUGCCUCCAGAGCUUCCACCAGAUAUACCACCAAGGGAGACUGCUGAAAGUUGCGCCAGAAGAUUGUUUUAUCAGGAAGGCUGCGUUCCUGAGGACGUCAGUUUCACCCUAGCUUCUGGAGUUCCAUUUGAUGUGGAGGUAUCACAGUACUAUAUGCAGUAUUUCAACUUCGAUAACUAUAAGUUAGACGAUGCUGUACGGGUCUUUGUUGAAAGAGCUCCCCUCAUAGGAGAGAACUCGACGCGGGAGGCUAUCCUAUUCCACCUGAGUAAACACCUGUACGAAACCAACACAGCUCUCAGACAACAGCUACCUGGCCCUGAGGAGAUCCACACGUUGGUGUGCGCUCUGAUGAUGCUGAAUACUGACCUACACGGCGGAAUGGUGGACAGGAAGAUGACUUACAACCAGUUUGAGAGUAACUUACGUAACACUGAGGCUAAUGUCGAUAAGGGAACACUGAAGGAGUUGUACAACGGGAUCAAAUCAAAACCCAUAAUUGUCAACACUGGCACACAAGAAGCCGAACCUGCAAAACCGAUGCGUCGACCAUGUCCAUCAUCAGUACAGAUAACGACUGGUAGAGAUAACACUACUGAUAUGCAGCAUGUCUUUUAA